AUGGCACCUUCCCCUACCCACCAACCCCGCGGCUCCUCUUUUACCCUUCAGCCAUCCCUGCGCGAAUCGAGCCCUUCACAUGCCCGUCGCCCCUCCCUCCAGUCUAUGCCCGUCCAGGUGUCUUCCUCACAGCAAGAAUCACUCCCGCGCUGCCAGGUGUCAACGUCUCAGUGGUUGCUGACUCAGCAAGUGACGCAGGGGGAAGGGUACAUCUUGUCGUCCACUGGAGACAACUCUUUCACAGCAGAGAGAGUCAAACCCACACCGCAAAUGUGCAAGCCUGGCAGCAGCAGCGGGGGGGAGCAGCAAGAGUGCAAGUGGCAGUAG